GUCUUUUGGAAAGAGUUUGGGAGUGGGAGUCAGGAGAUGCAAAUGCUAGUCUUGCCUUGUUCACUUACCUGCUGUAUGAUCUUGGAAUUAUCCUUCUUCCCGAAACUGACCAUUUCCAGCAGAGAAGACUCAUUUGUGGACAAUUUAAACACAAGAAGAAGGAGCAGCUUCGCAGUUUUUCUGGUCAGGAGAGGUUGGAGGUGGAGGAUACGACAGUGAGAGAUCAUUCCCAGGUUGAGCUCCCUCUGCUUAAUCUCACCCAAUGGCUGCGGAUGGUUGUACCCACCAGGUUCCCUUGCGUCAGAAGCCGAGGAAGAAAACUCAAGGUUUUUUCACGAUGAGUCGUCGGAGAAUAUCAUGUAAAGAUCUGGGACAUGCCGAUUGUCAAGGAUGGCUGUUCAAGAAGAAGGAGAAAGGAUCCUUUUUGGGAAACAAAUGGAAAAAGUUCUGGGUCGUACUGAAAGAGGCUUCAUUGUAUUGGUACACCAGCCAAAUGGCAGAGAAAGCUGAUGGAUUCAUCAACCUACCUGAAUUCAUUGUGGACAGAGCAACGGAGUCCAAAAAAAAGCACGCCUUUAAGAUCAGCCAUCCACAGAUCAAGACUUUCUAUUUUGCAGCGGAAAAUGUUCAGGAAAUGAAUGUGUGGCUAAAUAAACUAGGAUUAGCUGUUUCUCACCAUGAAUCCACAGAAAAGACUGAAGAAUGCUACAGUGAGAGUGAGCAUGAAGAAACUGAAAUAGCAGUGCAGACAACACCCCCCCUGCAUUCAGCUGAACGUCCACCUAACUUGACCGUCACAUCUUCACCUUUGAAUAAAGCAUCCCAUGCUUCCUCUCCAGAAACCAGAGCCAAACCACUAGCCAGUUCUGGCUCUUCUUCAUCUAAAGGACCCUACUCAGAAAGGCAGUCUUGCCUGGACACUUCCAACAGUUCUACUUCUGAAGAGCCUAGACACACUAUAACCUUUGCAAUUCAGGUUCAUGUAGAUGGAGCUGCCCGUGCAGAGAGUAUGAAGAUAGACAACAGCCUUGUUCAAUCGGAAAGCGGAUUUCUGAACUCUUUGUCUAGUGAGGACACUUCUUCAUUGACCAGCAGUACAGAUCUUCUCUCUCUCCCAGAUGAACCUACUGAAACAAGGACACUAGACAGGGAACAGAACAAAGGCUCGGAUGAUGAAAUGGAGAAGAUGUACAAAUCCAUAGAACAAGCUAGUUUGUCUCCCAUUGGGGACCGUCGACCUUCCACCAAAAAUGAGUUGAGAAAGUCCUUUGUCAAGCGGAGCAAAAACCCAUCCAUCAAUGAGAAACUCCACAAAAUCCGAACAUUGACUAGCACAUUAAAGUGUAAAGAGCAUGACUUAGCUAUGAUUAACCAGCUUCUGGAGGAUCCGGAGCUUACAGCAAGGAAGUAUAGAAAGUGGAAGGACACCAACACCAUGUUGAUUCAAGAUCUCUAUCAGAAGCAGAGUGCACCCCAGGAAAAUUCCAAAGGGAAACCCCUGGAGCCUCUGAAACCCUCAGUUACCCCAGUUCAAAGUUCCAUUUAAGAACAAACUGCCUCUCCUCUCCUCCCUUCAUCCAAUCAACUCUUGAUGCUGCUCCACUUACGAGUUUCACUUUUCCCAGGGUUAACAUUCUCCCUUAAAAGGAAAUUUGAAACCCACUCUUCAAAGGCAAUUCAUCCUCUCUGAAUACUUGUUUAAAGAUGAUGUGAAUUGGAAUUUAGAUUGGACCUCAGAUACUAAAUCAAGUUGCAUCCAAGAGUGAAGAAGGCAUCUAAUUUACAUCCAAGAGUAUUCCCCUUCUCAUAUAACUGGGCUGAUUUCUUUGGUAACGGGGCCUCCAAGAAAAUGUGCAUGCCAUGUCUUGUUAGUAAUCAUCUUUACCAUGUCAUUUUUCGGGAGAAAUGUUUUAGACAACAGGCACUGUAGUAGGAUACUUUUUAUUUUUCAUAGAACCAUUUGAUUUCAAGAUGACUUCAGAAAAGUAGUUUCAUUUCUACUUCUAUUCGUUUGGAACACAUUUGCAUUUUACAGGGAAAAGCUGCUAAGAGAGAGAUAUGUUGGGAGCCACGUUCUACAGUUUACCUUCUCCUAAGCUUGUUGAAGGACUAUUGACAUUUUCCACACUAUUUGGGAGGCAUGUUUUUUUCUUCCUCAGCAAGACCUGAAGAAAAGUCCCUUGUGCAUUUACUCUUUUCUGACUUUACUCAUCAACGACAGAGCUUAGUGAUGCAUCCAGAAAGUAACGUUUACUGCAUACAUUUACUGGCGCCUAGGCAGGGUCUGAAAUUUCUUCAAAGGGCCCUUUAAUCAAUAUUGUGAAGAUGUUUUAAAAUUCUGCAUCCUUUCCAUUCCUUUAGGCAGAAGAGAAACAACAAAAAAGUUUAACUAUAAUUGCUUUUAUUUUUGUAAGAAUAGAUAUUACUUAAUAGACAUUGUGAAUAUAUAGCCAUAUAUAUGUAUAUAUGUUUGUUAUUUAAGUAUAUUUAUAGACGUUCUGACUACCACUGUUUAUAAGAUCACAUGCUAUUCUCAAAACCACUCCAUCUUCAUGCUCUAUUUCAUUGUUACUGCAAAAAGGGUGGGGGUGGGGGGUGAAGAAAACUGAUUGUACUGGAAUCCAAAAGAGCAUUCAAGUUAUCUUGUAAUUUUAAUGAUGCUGCUUAAGGAAUUGUCAGGAAUUGUGGUACAAGUGAAAUUCAAGUGCCUGAAAAGUAUGUCUUUGAUUUCCUUGGCUACUGUACAUUCCUAUGUGUGCAUUUGCCUUUGUAUAGAUAAGAGGAUAAGGAGAUGGCCUACAUAACUGAGAAGCAUAAUGCAGUAUAAAAUAUGUGACCAAA